AUGGUCUAUAAACCUGACCCUGUCUACCUCAAAAACGAUGCAAAACACCCAAGGAUUGAAGCAGAUUCGGUUUAUUCUUAUAUUAAACCUAGUUUAGAAUCACUGGCCCCGCAGAGCAGAAGUCAGAGCAAGUUUUUAUACCCAGGGAAUGGCAUGGAUAGUAACAUAAUUGAGCUUCCAUCCAUACCCCUCGGGUGGAAGUGCUAUUCGAAGCCCAGCACCAACCUGUCUGGCGAGAUGCCAUCCAGCAGCAAUCGAAUAACCCUGACGUGUCCUGGAAAUUGGAUCUAA